CACAAAUUCAUUGAAUUAAGUUAAAUACAUUUGUUUUGAAAAUUUGUCCCUUGUGUUUCUAUUUUCGAGGUAAAAUCAAUUUGUCAUCAUGACAAAGGGAACAUCCAGCUUUGGAAAGCGUCGUAAUAAGACUCAUACGAUAUGUCGUCGGUGUGGACGUUCAUCGUACCAUAUUCAAAAAUCAGUUUGUUCCCAAUGCGGAUAUCCAGCUGCUAAAACUCGUUCAUACAACUGGUCCGUUAAGGCUAAGAGAAGAAAGACAACUGGUACCGGACGUUGCCGUUAUCUUAAGGUUGUUCGUCGCCGUUUCCGCAAUGGAUUCCGUGAAGGAACACAAGCAAAACCACGCAAAUCAAAGGCAUAAGUGUCGAAAUAUUUCUGAAUUUCCAAGAACAACAUCCUUGAGGAAUGAUUUGAAAUUUUGGAGUAAUGUUUGAUACAAUAUCUAUCAAAAUAAAAGCUUCUUAUUUAACAUUCUAAAAGAAUUUUUUUCUUCAUGUUUAUGUAAAAGAAAAAA